AUGUCUGACGUGGAGAGUUGGAUUGGAGAAGGAAAAUAUUCCAGUUUCUUCGAUUUCCAUAACAAAAUUGGAUUCGCUAAGCAGAGAUCAGAUUAUGGUAAAAUCAAGCAGCAGCUUGAUCAGGUACCAGUAUUUGGCUUCAAUUCUGGUCGAUACGAUAUCAACUUGAUUAAGAGCGACUUGUUCGCUGUGAUUGGUACCAAUAACAUCAAAUCUGUCAUCAAGAAUCCAUCUUACGUGUGCAUAGCAACUUGGAACAUGAAGAUACUUGAUAUCAGCAACUAUGUUCCGGCUGGCACCAGCUAUGACAAGUAUUUGACGACCUAUCUCGGUGGAUGCAAGUGUGAGGACAAUAUUAGCUGUGUUUGUGGGCUUGAUAAGGGUAUUUUCCCGUACGAGUACAUUACCAGUUUCAACGUCCUAAAUGAAACUCAAGUCCCACCGAAAUCAGCUUUUGACAGCAAGCUUCGUGGUACAAGCAUCUCCAAUGAUGAGUACAAGCGUGUGAAGUUUGUCUGGGGGCACUUUGAAAUGAAGUCAAUCAAGGAUCUACUCAUCUGGUACAACAAUCUCGAUGUAGUUCCAUUCAUCAAGGCUAUCCAAGCUCAGCGUGAGUUGUUUAAACGUUUUGAUCUGGAUAUGUUUGUCGAUGGUGUAAUCAACAACAAGCUUGGCCACCUCGAUGGGAACAUCUUGAUCAGCUGCAUUUCGUGUAAUACCGCUCGUAAGGAUAUGUCUCUCGGGGAUUUUCGAUACAAGAAACUGCUCGAGUUCAAUUCGAACAGAUUGGUCUAUUCGAUUGACAAGGAGGAAUCUGAGAUAUACGGUAAGAUGAAGGCCAACAUCGCCGGUGGACCAUCCAUUAUCUUCAACCGCUACGCCAAGCGGAACGAGACAAAGAUUCGUGGUGGUAAGCUCUGUAAAAAGAUUAUCGGUUAUGAUGCCAAUGCCCUAUAUCUAUGGGCCCUUGGUAAUGAGAUGCCGUGUGGUCGAUUGACUACGAUUGAGGCUUACCCUGGUAUCAUCGAUGACAUCAAGAAUGACAAGAUAUUUGGCUUUCUCGAGUGUGAUAUUAGAACCCCAGAGCACCUGAAAGAGUAUUUUAGUGAGAUGACUCCCAUUUUCAAGAAUGCUCUGAUAGACUGUACCGAUGAGAGUGUCAUUGGCAAGCAUAUGUUUGAUUACAACCAGUCUCGCGAAGCAAAUCGUUCU